AGUGGCGGACUCGGAGUACCUGGUGUCAACUUCCCACGUGUGUUCCCGAUCAAUCGGCGAUUCGCGACCCUGGCGCGACCUUCAUAUUUUUAUUCCUGAUCUCGUCAUUGAUGAAUCUUUACACCUUUCCUCCCUCUCUGUGCUGUUACAGCCUUCCCGCUUUGAACAGUGGAUUUCAACUCGCGCCGGAAUUUUAAUACGCGUCUUAUCUGACUUAUCAGGUACCGGGACAACGCGAAAAAUAUCUGCAGAUGUGGAUGUUGAUGCCCUACUAAUUUAUCUCUUAAGUGCUUUCCGUAGAUGUUCGACUGUUAUACGUGCAACACCUGCGGCAGUCAUUACGACCCUGCUCCCUGCACUCACGACAUAUUAAUACCGGACUCUUUAUACGCGCUCUGCAACACUAACGAUCCACCCCCAUCUUCCGAAAUUCCCCACCUCAUGAACUUGCAACAAACCGUUCACGCUGCUCAAGAAGAACUCGAAUUCGAGAUACGCCGCAUCAUGCUCAAGCUCCACGAAAAACGGAGAGCCUUACAAUGGCUCACCAACGACCUGAAAUCAGUACUAUCCCCUAUCCGCCGACUUCCUGCCGAAAUACUCAUGGAGAUCUUCCUACAUGCCAAUCCUCUCCGGGUCACCGACACCACGAGCGAUCCCUGGAUCCUCAGUCACGUUUGUAGCACUUGGCGAACCGUCGCGACGGUCCACUGUCCCGAGCUCUGGUCUGACAUCACCAUCACCCCAUCCUCCUUCCGGCGCAAGGACUCAUUCUCCCUUCUCCAAACCGCCCUACACCGUUCUGGUCUACGUGACCUCUUUAUCCAAUUCAGAGAUGGCGGUAAACAGAAGUCGAAACGAAAAGCCGUAGCAACAGUCUUAUUCUCCCUAAUAACCCUCGAGUCCAACCGUUGGAAGACUGCGCAGCUCUCCUUAUCUUCCGAACGCUUCGGAGCGCUCUCGACCAUUCGUGGCCGUCUCUCACGGCUGUCCCAAGUAAAUUUGACUUACAUCGGUGACCAGACGCCGCCUCUACGUAUCGAUGCCUUCGAGAUUACCCCCCGGCUCGAAUCAAUCUCCAUUGAAGGAUUCCAAGACGACCACAUCGACACCAUCAUCCCCCUCUCCUCACCAAAACUGCGACAAUUCCGUGAUGACCGCGAGCUCGGAGAUAACGCGCUAAACGCCCGUAUGUUAGAGACAGUACGACACUCUCCCGCUCUACAAUCUUUCCACGUAUAUCACCGAAAUCGAUUUGAUCCGCGUUCGACACUUCCUGUCACGCCACGCAUCGAGAAUGCAUCCAUCCAUACGCUGCAGGCAUCGGAAGGCGCCUUGCUCCGGAGCCUGCGCCUACCAGCCCUCAAGACGCUCUGGUUGGGUACCGAUGAGAACUGCAUGCUGCCAUGUCCGGAUGACGUUGUCGCAUCACUGCAGGUUCUCAUCUCCGUCUCCCAAUGUUCCCUCACAUCCCUCAUACUCACACAAGUAUCGAUCACUAAUACUCCGGACUUCAUUCAUCUACUUCGGCAGAUGCCACGGCUCGAAGAACUGGAGAUGUUCUUCAUUUUUUGGCGGGACGAGUACGAUAACACCAUGCAGCGCGUCAUCUCGGAAAUGAUUGAGCCUUCGCCUCAGCCACAGGCUCUCUCAGCCCGUCAUGCGUUGCUACCGGUUCUAACCGAAUUUACUAUCGAGGUAUUUGACACCACGGAUUCUCAGGGCGUCCGGUUUAUAAAUGAUGUAUUCGUUGACAUGAUGUCGACGCGGUGUAGGACGUAUGACGCGCCCAAGCUGAAAUACGUAAGAGCCGAGAUACGUAGUCCUAAUCCCCUUCCCCUCUCAGCUGCAGCUACGAAUAAAUUACAAGAACUAUUUCAUGACGGACUGGAAGUCACGAUUCUUACCAUGUAACAUAGCUUUUCCUACGAUCGUAAAGAAUGAAUAUAUAUACCCACGCUAUUUUUUUUGACGGAAGAUCUUCAACGCCCUGUGAUAUAUUUCAAUAAUGCUGACAAUCACUACCCACCUAACUACUGGAAAACAGCACCGAGACAACUACCGGU